UAUUUUCAGGCAAAUUUCGUUAAAAUAAUCUCCAAAUAAUUAAUUCAUUUAAUUAUUUAUUGAAAAUUAUUAUUUGGAUUAUUUUUUAAUUUAAAUUUCUGAUUAUAUAAAUGACGUGUUAGGUGUCAAUUCGUCACGAGCUUGCGGUUACACACGCACACAGGUAGCUUCUUAGAUAAAAAUCACAUCCAACAAACACAUAAAAAAUGUCUGAAAUUGUUGAUCCUGAGUCUAGUAAAUCAGUACCUGUGACUGGGGAACAUGAGACAGCAGGCAUUCACACAUCUCCAAAAACAGUGCAUAACAAAAGUCCUGAUUUGAACACUCCUAGUAGAAGGAUAGAUGUUAGUGAAGGUGCAAAAGUAUCAGUUGAGAAUGUGAAAUUCGAAUUAGUUUCAAACCAGGCAAGUAAAAUGCAUCAAGUUUUUAGUGGGGAUGAUGUUGUCAUAACAGCAACAUCGGUGUCAUCAGCAACAGCAGCAGAUGAUGUCAUUAAUGAACAAACAUUACUAGACUCUCCAACAGCCAUACCAAUAUCCAAAAAUGUUGAUGAAAAUGUUGACUGCGUUAUUAGCAAUGAGGGAAUAACAUCAUCAACAACAACAACCACAACCACAACAACAACAACAACAACAAACAUAUCAGAGCACGAUACACUGGCAAUACACGACACAGUCAUAAAUUCAGAAUUUAAUUUAACACAGGAUAACUUAAAGCUAGCAUCAUUACCAUCAUCAUCAUCGUCUCCUCUAAAAGUAUCAUCAUCAUCACCACCGCCACAAACAUCAUCAUCGUCACCAUCAGUACCAUUAUCAUCAUCUAAUAAUGUUAUUCCCCAAGUUCAGUCAUCGUCGAAAUCCUCAUCACCAUCUCAUUAUGUGGUAACGUCAUCAUCGACACCGCCGUCAUCAUCAUCUUCAGCAGCAGCUCCAUCGUCGUCGUCGUCGUCAACUGUAACAGCAAUACAAAUGCCUUCCAAUGUUGAUCAAGUAGUUGUUAAUAAUGUCAAAAUGAGUGAUGCAACUAUCUUAACAACAACAUCUACUGCAGCUUCAGAAGCUACCACACCAGCAGUUACAGUCGCAACUACAGCUACAACAGCAGCCGUAGUGGCUACGCCAGCAAUAACCGCAAUUAUAUCAGAUGAUCUGCAAAUUGAAAAUGUUAAUGAAGUGAUAAAAACGUCUGAGAAUAGCAGUGUUGUUGCUGAUGAUGUUGCAGUGACAAUUCUUCAUAGUAGUCGAAGCAACGACAUUGAAAGCAUAACUAAAUUAGUUAAUACCCAAGUCUCCUCUACAACAACAAACUCAACAACGACAACGAAUGACGUCACUACAACGACAACAGAUGGCGUCACAGCAGCAGCAACAGAUGACGUCACAGCAGCAGCAACAGAUGACGUCGCAGCAGCAGAAACAGGUAAUGUCGUUAUUCUAACUACAGCAUCAUCACCAGUAACAACAACAACAGCAACAACAACAUUACCAAUAACAUCAGAACCAUCGGUUGUGUCGUCGUCGGCAGUUGAAAAUGUUGCAGCUGGAGUAGCGGUGGCGGUAACGACAACACCGACAAGGACAACACAUUUGAAUGAAAUUCAGGUAGAUAAAGCUGUUGAUGAAAGAACUGUUGUUGCUGGGGUUUCUACUGAAGGAGAAGAAGAAAUUAAAUUUAAUAUAAAUGCCGUUGUUGUUGAAAAUAUUGCCAACAACACCAGCGACAUCAGUAGCAACAACGGUAACUUCACUGGCGACCAGUUAGGUAAAGAUGGAGAAGUUGUCAAUGGCGUUGAUGAUCUACAUAAGGAUGCAUUCAUUAGCAACGACAACGUCAUCAAUAGUAAUCUCACUAAUAAUUAUAACGAUAACAAUAAUGAUAGUUGCGAAAUUUUGAAGCCACUAUCAUCGCCACCACCAGCAGCAGCAGCAACAACAACUGCAACAUCAGCAGCAGCUGAAGCAGUAACGGCAGCGGACUCGUCUUCAUCGACGACAACAGUAACAGACACACAGGUAACUGUUACUAUGAAGGAUAUCUUAUCAAUUUUGUCAGACCAAAAAGUUCCAGCAGCAAUAAUCUCAUCAACAGUUGCCGCAACGGCAGCAGCGACAACGGCUUCAACUUCAACAUCACCAGAUACAGCAACAUCAUCUUCGUCGAUUGCAAGCACAUCAUCUUCAUCAGAUGCAGCAGUAGCCACAUCGCCAUCAAUUGAGGCAACAUCAACGACAACAUCGUCAGUUACGGAAACAGCAGCUGCAGCUGCAAUGACAUCAUCUUCACCAGUUGCAGCAACAAUAGCUGCUGCACCAGUAACAACAAUUGUCACAGAUACUGAACAAGCUGUCAAAAACCAACAACAGAACGCCAACAACAACAGCAUCCAACAACAACGUGAUUUGAACACAGCAACAACGACAUCAACAACAACAUCAACAAAACAAUCAUUAUUGUUCCCAGGGAAAACACAGCUUGAAGAAUUAGUGAAAAAGUUUACUAGCAACAACAACAGCAUGGAUAGUAAAACAAAAUUUAAAUUACUCAUGGAUCUAGUAUAUGCCGUUGAUAGCAACAAGAGUACUGCAACUGCUGCUGCAACCACCGCUACUGGCGAUAAAGACGUGUUGCUGUUGUUUAAUAAUCGAGAUAUUGUUUCAAUAGUUCUUGGACUGGUUAGUGUUAUAAACUUGUUGAUGUUGUUGAUGUUGUUGUUGAUGCUGUCGAUGUCGAUGUUGUUGAUGUUGAUGUUGUUGUUAGAAGAUUUUUGUGGGGGAGCAUAUUUUGGCCUUAUAUUGAACAUUUGCUGA